AUGUACUGUACAAGAAGGAAGAGACUGCAGCUGAGCCGAGUUCUGUUCCUCCUCUCUGGCGUUUUCCUCUGUACCCUCUACCAGCUGACCAUCAGUACCAGACUGCAAAAGCCUUUGCCAAUGCCUCGGACUGGAGAGGAUUUUGGAGAGGGUUCAGCAGAGGGGGUUGAGGAGGCUACAGUGGAGCCUCAAGGGCUGGAGGAACCUCUCACUGCAGUACAUGAAUUAGAGCCCACAGAUCAAACAACGCCUGAGAUGCAUGUGGUAAAUCGUCUGGAUACAGCCUCAGAUGUGAAAGCAUCCACCCCCACUGAAUCUCCACCGUUGCCGACCACAAACCGGACUAUUGUGCAUUGCAUCUACGUGGCCCCUGAGCCUCCACAGAAGACAUCCACACCAGCUCCAUCUCCUCCUGUAACUACCAUCACUCCAGCUUCUCCCGGUGAGGCUCCACAUAUUAAGGGUGAAUACCCUGAAGAUCUCUUUUCUAUUGAAGAACGCAGACAAGGCUGGGUGAUCCUCCACAUUUUUGGGAUGGUAUAUAUGUUCGUGUCACUUGCCAUUGUGUGCGAUGAGUUCUUUGUUCCUGCGCUGGGGGUAAUCACAGACAAGUUAGCAAUUUCUGACGAUGUGGCAGGAGCCACCUUCAUGGCUGCUGGAGGUUCUGCCCCUGAGCUUUUUACCUCCUUGAUAGGGGUCUUCAUCGCUCACAGUAACGUGGGCAUUGGCACAAUUGUUGGUUCAGCAGUUUUCAACAUUUUGUUUGUGAUUGGAAUGUGUGCUUUGUUUUCUCGAGAGGUACUUCAUCUAACUUGGUGGCCACUUUUCAGAGAUGUCUCCUUCUACAUACUUGACCUCAUCUUACUCAUCAUCUUCUUCUUGGAUAAUGUCAUAAUCUGGUGGGAGAGCAUGAUGCUGGUGGCCAGUUACACUUUCUAUGUGAUUUUCAUGAAGUUUAAUGUGCAAAUAGAGCGGGCCUUCAAGACCCAACUCUACAAACACAAGAACAUUGUCAAAGUCAUUAGUGUGGAGGAACCCGAAAAGACAAAUGGGGAUGACGAAGAUAAUGCCCCUCCUGCUCCAGAGGACAAGAAUCUGUUAAAGUUGAAGCCAUCCCUUAAGCGAGGGGGAAGUUCAGCUUCUUUACACAACAGCACCAUGAGAAACACCAUCUUCCAACUCAUGAUCCACACGUUAGACCCUCUAGGAGAUGGCAAAUUUAAGGAUAAGGCUGAGACUCUGAAUAAUGUGGCUAGACGGACGGCAGAGAGCAAAGCUCAAGACAAAAGUGAAGAUGGUGGGGGGAAGAGUGAGCAGACCAAAGAGCCAGAGGCCGUCCCAGCAACAGAAACAAAGGAGGAGGAGCAGCCAGAGGAGAAGAAGGUAAUCGCCAACCCUGUCCUGGUGGUUAUCAAAAAGCCCAGAAGUCAGUCUUUGAUACCUGUUUACGAGGAUGUGCCUGCAGGAGAGGAUGGGUCAGGGAGCUCAGAGGACUCGAACAGUGACGAAGAUGGCAGCGAUGAAGACAGCGAUGAGUCCAGUGAAGACGAGGAUGAUGAUGAUGAGGAUGAAGAUGAGGAAGAGGAAGACGAGGAGAAAGAGGAUGAGCCUCUGUCUUUAGAGUGGCCUGACACACGACGCAGACAAGCCACCUACCUCUUCCUGCUGCCCAUAGUCUUCCCUCUGUGGCUCACAGUUCCUGAUGUUCGCAAGCAGAAAUCCAGAAAAUUCUUUGUGGUCACCUUCCUGGGCUCUAUUCUGUGGAUCGCUAUCUUCUCCUACCUCAUGGUGUGGUGGGCCCAUCAGGUGGGCGAGACCAUUGGCAUCUCCGAGGAGGUUAUGGGCCUUACAAUCUUGGCUGCAGGGACGUCCAUCCCUGACCUCAUUACCAGUGUGAUUGUGGCACGUAAAGGCCUGGGGGACAUGGCUGUGUCCAGCUCUGUGGGCAGUAACAUCUUUGACAUCACUGUGGGUCUGCCAGUCCCAUGGCUCCUGUAUUCAUCCAUCCACGGUUUGGCUCCAGUGGCCGUCAGCAGCAACGGGCUCUUCUGUGCCAUUGUGCUCCUCUUCCUCAUGCUCCUCUUUGUCAUCAUCUCCAUUGCAACCUGUAAGUGGAAGAUGAACAAGGUACUGGGUUUAACCAUGUUCCUGCUCUACUUUAUCUUCGUGGUGCUUAGCGUGAUGCUGGAGGAUCGCAUCAUUAUCUGCCCGGUUUCCAUCUGAGCGUGUGAACAGCAGCUCUCUCUAUAGCAGUUGCUCUCUUCGCGUGUGACCUGAAGCACAACUGUUAACCUGUACAUGUACGGAUCUCAUGAGCAUGGGUCUGGAUAUCUGUAGAAACCACGCAGAAAGCUACUGUAGCUGCUCUGCACUGCUGCCAGUGACAUUUUUUCUCACUUUUAAGCAGCAUUACACAUACUACGUUUUCUAGAACUUGUUGCAUAUUCACUUUUAGGAACAAUGGCAGCUUUUAACUUUUCUAUUACAGCAGGAGGUUCAGAACUACUGUCUAAUAUAGUGCAGAUUGUGGAGUUAUAGCAGUAAAAGAAUGAACACUAACAGGGCUGACAUUUUUUCACUGUUUACAAAACAGCAUCUACAGAAUGGAAUUAGAAAUCUACAAUACGUGCACAUUUUGGAAAAUGUAGUUUUCUAAAUGUGAAUUUUGUAUAAAAUGUAACUGUACACUUGCAACAACAACUGUUUUAUAACAUUUAUUAUACAGAACCUGAGCUUGCU